AUGGCUUUAGCUACCCAGCCCACCACCAACCUCCUCCAAAAUCCCUUCCUUUCCUCUAAACCCCAAACAAGACCCCAACUAUCCAGCGCCGUCCCUUGCCCAAGAACCCGUCGUUCUAGCUCAGUCCAAUGCUCUGUCGCCGUCGCACCCUCCGCAGCCUCCAAGGCUUCCAAGGAGUACCGCCUCAAGUCGGUCAAGGCCAGGCAGAUCAUUGACAGCAGAGGCAAUCCCACGGUGGAGGUUGACCUUAUCACCGACGAUCUGUACCGAUCGGCCGUCCCCAGUGGCGCCUCCACUGGAAUCUACGAGGCCUUGGAGCUCAGAGAUGGAGACAAGGCCGUUUAUGGAGGCAAAGGUGUGCUCAAUGCUGUCAAAAACAUCAAUGAGAUUUUGGGACCCAAGCUCGUUGGCAUCGAUGUCAGAAAUCAAAAUGAUGUUGAUGCCGUUAUGUUGGAAAUUGAUGGAACCCCAAACAAGUCAAAACUGGGGGCCAAUGCCAUAUUGGGAGUAUCUCUGAGCUUGUGUAGAGCAGGUGCAGGAGCAAAGGGAGUGCCAUUGUACAAGCACAUCCAAGAAGUGUCUGGAACAAAAGAGCUCGUUAUGCCCGUCCCAGCCUUUAAUGUGAUCAAUGGAGGCAGCCAUGCUGGAAAUAAUUUGGCCAUGCAAGAAUUUAUGAUCUUGCCUGUAGGUGCAACUUCAUUUGCUGAGGCACUUCGUAUGGGUAGUGAAGUUUAUCAUAUACUCAAGGGAAUUAUCAAGGCAAAAUAUGGACAGGAUGCUUGCAAUGUUGGAGAUGAAGGAGGAUUUGCUCCCAAUGUACAGGAUAAUAGGGAGGGACUGGUUUUGCUCAUUGAUGCUAUUGAAAAGGCUGGUUACACAGGAAAGAUCAAAAUUGGAAUGGAUGUUGCGGCUUCAGAGUUUCUCACUAAAGAGGGGAACUACGAUCUCAACUUUAAGAAACAACCAAAUGAUGGGGCCCAUGUGCUCUCACCUCCAAACCUUGGCGAGCUGUACAAGGAGUUUAUAAAAGACUUCCCCAUUGUGUCCAUUGAAGAUCCGUUUGACCAAGAUGAUUGGAGCUCGUGGGCUUCACUUCAAUCUUCAGUUGAUAUCCAACUUGUUGGAGAUGACUUGUUGGUCACAAAUCCAAAGAAAAUUGCUGAAGCCAUUCAGAGGAAGGCAUGCAAUGGCCUACUUUUGAAGGUUAACCAGAUUGGGACCAUAACUGAAUCUAUUCAGGCAGCACUUGACGCAAAAGCUGCAGGUUGGGGUGUGAUGGUCAGCCACCGGAGUGGGGAAACUGAGGAUAACUUUAUUGCUGAUCUUUCUGUUGGAUUGGCUAGUGGACAGAUAAAGACAGGAGCUCCCUGCCGAAGUGAGCGAUUGGCCAAGUAUAAUCAGCUUCUGCGUAUUGAAGAGGAGCUUGGUAAUGUGCGUUAUGCUGGUGAAGCUUUCAGAUCACCCUAA